UGAGGCCAAUGCUUAAACACAAUAGUAAUUUUGCACAUGAAGGAGAAUAACUAUAAUAACAGCUAACACUAUUGUCAAUUCUCCAUCUUCUUUCGCUGAUUACAUUUAGCUUCAAUAUGAUGUCCCCCAACAUAGUUAAUUUCUUCAUAAUCCUCAUGGCAAGUGUUGCAUACUACAAUUACCCCUCCAUUGAUCCCAACCUUCGUGCUAUAAACGUGCCAACACCAGAGCUAUCUCAACAAUACGAUUUUAUCAUUGUAGGCGCUGGAAGUGCAGGCUGCGUACUAGCAAAUAGACUGACAGAAAUAGCUAAUUGGACGGUACUAUUGUUGGAAGUUGGUGGUGAAGAAACUAUUAUAAGUGAUACACCAUUGUUGGCUGGAACUUUGUGGAAUUCGCCCUUAAAUUGGAAUUAUACAACAACAAGACAACCGAGGGCAUGUUUGGCCACUGGUGGAAUUUGUCCUUGGCCAAGAGGAAGAGUAAUAGGAGGAAGCAGCACACUCAAUUUCAUGGUAUAUGUAAGAGGUAAUAGAAGAGAUUAUGAUGGAUGGGCAGCUCUAGGAAACCCUGGCUGGUCUUAUGAGGAAGUUUUACCAUACUUCCGCUUAUCAGAAGACAACCGGAAUCCAAUAUACGCAAUGGAUACGACAUACCAUUCUACUGGAGGUUACCAGACUGUUUCUAAUGUAAACUAUCAGACACCAUUAUUAAAUGCAUAUCUAGCAGGUGGAGAAGAGAUAGGCUUUCAAGUUCGAGACAUCAAUGCACAACAACAAACUGGGUUUAUGGCAUUACAAGGGACACUCAGAAAUGGUUCCAGAUGUUCAACAGGAAAAGCAUUUUUACGACCAGUAAGAAACCGGACUAACUUAAAUGUAGCCGAAGAAUCGUUUGUGACAAAAAUAAAUUUUAUCAACAACAAAGCUGUAGGUGUCACAUUUAUAAGGAACAAUCAAGAAAUAAAUGUAACAGCUAAAAAGGAAGUAAUAAUAUCAGCAGGGUCGAUCAAUUCAGCUCAGCUAUUAAUGCUUUCAGGAAUCGGUCCUGCUGAUGAAUUAAAUAGAUUUGGCAUUCCCGUGAUUCGGAAUUUGAGUGUGGGUUACAAUCUUCAAGAUCAUUGUGGUGCUCCACUUUUUUAUAAGACCAAUCCUCCAGUAGCGAUCACAGCCUCAUCAUAUGAAAACAUAGAAGCUAUAGUAGAGUAUUCACAGCCAAAUGGAACAGGACCACUGACAUCACCUAUAGGAAUCGAAGCAGUAGCAUUCUUAAAUUCGACUUUUUCAAACUCAUCUCUUGAUUAUCCAGACGCUGAAAUACAUUUUACUUCAUAUUAUUUAAAUUUGCAAAACUAUAACAGCACUUGGUUUGGUUUAGGACUCCUUAUUCACCCCAAAAGCAGGGGAAGAAUAUCAUUACAAUCAACUAAUCCCUACGAAUAUCCAUUAUUAAAUCCAAAUUACUUUGGUGAACAGCAGGACCUACAAACAGUAGUAGAAGCACUGAAAUAUGUAUCUGCUGUGGCCAACUCGACAGCAAUGGAAAUUUAUAAUAAUGUUCUUCAGUUACAAUUACUUUCUCUUUGUAAUAAUUAUACAACUUAUAGUGAAGAGUUUUAUUCCUGUGUUGCAAUGAGUUACACAACAACCAUAUUUCAUCCUGUGGGUACGUGUAAGAUGGGACCGAGCACUGAUAUAGAAUCUGUGGUUAAUCCACAUCUUCGAGUUCACGGGAUAGAAAAUCUAAGAGUUAUCGAUGCUUCAAUCAUGCCUUUUGUAACGGGAGGGAAUACAAAUGCUCCAACUAUAAUGAUUGCUGAGCGUGGAGCUGAUAUUAUAAAAGCUUAUUAUAAUCAGCCAACACAGAUUCCUCAAAAAAGUAUAUAACUAAUGGUAAAGUCAAAUUUGAAGGUCAAGAAGAGGAGGAAAGAGGUAAAAGAAGAAGAAGAAAAAAAGACUGCACUAAAGAAUGUAACUCAUUAUAAACUUUAAUAUAAUAAUUAAUUAAAUAAGGAAAAAUGAUAUUCAUGUUUUUUAAAACUUUUAAAUAUACAAUUUUUAAAAAGACUGAAAAAAAUUUUUGAUUUUAUUAAGUAUACGAAUAGGGUUAGGUAAUAUCUUUAUCGUGAAUGAAAAUUAUAUACAUUUUUGUACAGAAUAGCAUCUAUUAAAAAUUGCAAUGAUUUUAAAUCUUUCUUCAGCACAUAUAAGUUAAAAAAAAAAUAAAUAUUUG